AUGCCUGGUAUUCUCCAUUUUCCCGCGUUCCCCGAAGGCGCCGGUGAUGAGAGAGAGAUUGACCGGCUCUGGCAGGGGGCCACUGAGCUCGGCUUCUGGUACUUGAAGAACCAUGGCAUUGAUGACGAAAUCGACGCCAUGUUUGAUCUCGGCGCGCAAACGCUUGCGCUACCUCUGGACAAGAAGAUGCCGUACCAUUAUCAGGAGGAUGGGAGUUCGUUCGGCUACAAAUCCAUCGGCUCGUGUGUGAUUGACGAGAAAGGAACAAGAGACACGACGGAAUCUAUAGACGUCUCCCAAGACGACGUCCUGGUCUACCCUAUAAAGGUUCACCAAGCCUAUCCCGCCACUAUCGGCGCUGGUAUAGAAUUGAUCGUCAGGCCGUUCGUGGCCAAGUCGAUGGACAUCAACUUCCACCUCCUCGGUAUCAUGGACGGCAAACUAGGGUUACCUAAAGGGACGCUUGCUAGCUUAUGCACACCCGAAGAGCACAGUGGUAGCACGCUGCGGUUGAUCCGGAACCCUCCCGCCACUACUCCCUCUGCGCAGACAUUUGUUGGAGCACAUACGGACUUCGGCGCCCUUACGAUCUUGCAUAACCGCCUCGGUGGCUUGCAAGUUCUCGUUCCUGGGCAGGAAGACUGGCAGUAUGUGAAACCACUAGAGGGCCACGCUAUUUGCAACAUCGGGGACGCCCUCAAUAUUUUCAGCGGCGGUAUCAUGCGGUCAAACAUUCACCGCGUGGUCCCGCCUCCGAAGGAACAGGCGAAGCUCGAGCGUUUGUCCCUCGUGUUCUUCACGCGACCGAGCUUCACCGCCCCCAUGCGAGCCUUGACCGAACACAGCACUAUCGUGGCAGAGGCGGUAGCAAAAGCGCCUGCGGAAAAGUUUGAUACCGGGGUGACUGCAGGAGAAUGGCUCGCUCGUCGUAUGCGGAGCAUUAGAGCGACCCAGUUCAAAGAUUCAGAGACUUUGAAGGCUGGAUUCAAGGGGACGGAGGACAUUGCAUUGUAA